GCUUCAUCAACUCUAUCAACACCACCAGCCACUGGGUCAAUGGAACAGACAUGUAUGGUCAUCACAUCCAAGUGAAGGAGACUGCAUCAUUAUCUGAUGAUGAUGAUGACGAUGGUGGUGAAACUCAUCAACACAACGUGACCUCUCCGGAUCUGGCAUCAAACAGGUCCUCACAGGACAAUGAAACCGACACAAGUGACAGUCAUCACAGUCAGGCGAYCGAGACAUCGRCAUCACCAUUYUCCGGUGACAAUGGUGAAACGUCUCGACACAAUGGGACCUCAUCAUAUCUGGCUUUYAACAGGUCAGAGCAGCAUCUUAUUCAGGGUGCUACAGACACAGAGGAGCUGCCCAGGCCUGUGACCCUAAACAGGCGUCCGCUGUGCCCUUACCCUCCCCUGCCAGCUCAUGGCACCUUCUACUUCCGUACGGUAGACAACCCCGGUCCCCGGGACUACAAACACUACAUCCAGUACGCCUGCUAUGCAGGGUACACACUGGCCCACGGAGAUAUCCACAGCUUCUGUCUGCAGGCUGGACGGUGGAGUGGUAUCACACCUGUCUGCUUG